CCACUCUGUCUUUCAGUUGUGCACUUUUUCCUCAGUGUCCACUGACUUCCCUAUCCUUCUCACCACAGAGAAAUCUUUUAAAAUGCCGCCCUCAAGAAAGCCUCGCCAUCGGCACUCACCCACUCAACUCGCUGCGUUAAAUCAGCUGUUUCAGCAAACUGAGCAUCCCACUCUCGCAGAGCGUACCGCUCUCGCGGGGGAGAUCGGAUUGGAAGUCAAAAGUGUAAAUUCAUUCUUUCAGAACAAGCGAAUGAAGAAGCGAUCUUCAAGCUCGACCGCAUCCUCAUCUUAUACCUUGACCCCGAUGUAUCCUGAAGAUGUGCAACUCAGCAGCUCCAUUAUCGAAGACAAGAUUUCUUUCCGCGGGGGAGAGAUUCCUGGUGUGGGUGACCUGGUCGCAAACACUGUCAUCUAUGAGGGCGCCAUCGUUGAAGGCAGGAUUGAAGUCCUGUCUCUCAAUCAAAAUGGCUCCACAGAGUCACAAGAAGCCAGUGGAGAUUUAGUGGCUUCGUUGGUCCAGGGUCCGGUCCCGUAUUCGACCGAGCCAAGUCGGACUGCACCGGCUGUCCUCCUUGCUGAUGAGGUCUCUUUCGCUCCUCGUAGCUUGCGUGCUUCCUCCCGCCGAGCAUCUCCCUAUAGCUCUUCGAGUUCGACAAUGCCUUUACUGUCGCGCCCUCGUCGUGCGCGUCCGGAGCCCAAUCAGCUCGACGCAUUGAAGCAACUCUAUAGCAAAACCUCCACCCCGACAAUUGAAGAACGCUCAGCGUUGGCGCUCGAAAUUGGAAUGGACGUCGCUAAGAUCACGAACUGGUUCCGGAAUAUCCGACAGUCGGCCAGGAAGAAGGCGCGUCGAGACGAGGGUAGUGACGAUGACGACGCAGAUUAUUCUGCUGGUUAUGGUGUGCCGGUCUUCUCCUCACGGUCUGGCUCGCCAUCCUCCACUACGGAAUCUGAAUUCAUGCGUGUAUCACUGCCCGCCCACUCGAGUGAAGAUGAAGAUGAAGAUGAAGAAGCUUUGACACCAUCAUCGCCAUCAUCUCCGUCAUCGCCGACUCAUAUCCGCAUUGUCGAUUUUGACAUGGCUGCCGCUCUUGAUCAUGCCAAAAUGCAACUGACCUCGCGGUUUGAUGUCAAGGAUCCCGAACAUGCUGCUGGGGCGUUGAAUCUGCUGCAGUUCUAUUGGACAUCAUGACUGUGACAUGUAACUUAGUGAGAUUUUCGCGCAUCUCUCAUCAUAUUCCUAUUUGUAACUUCUGCUAUUCAAAAAAGCCACGCAUCGUAUGUACAGUUCCGUACUGCCCAGUAUCCCUCUUGUUGCACAGGCUGUUGUGCUAUACACUAUCUAUCUCCAAUGCUUGUUGUACUUUUCGUACUCAAUACAAUACGAGAAACCAAGUUCAUGUCCACCAUUCUCUCAUCGGCUGGACCGUGGGUGGGUGGGCCGAGAUGUGGUGCCGAGGCACCGCUGCAGGUUAAAGUCGGCCGGAGGUUCCCGAUCAUGCCAGAAGCACUGGAAGGACGGGUUUUGAUCUACACCCUUGACCGUCUGUCAGACCUUCUCCAGUAUCUCCGCUCUCUUCAUGGAUGCCGAUGAUGCGCUAGUCGAGACGCUCGAGUCUGCUGACCCCGCUCCAAAUGCUGCAGGGCUCUUCUCCCCAGAUGCCCUCCGUGCACAGACUGUUCGCAAGUCGGUUUCGGUCGACUCCUUUGCUCCUCACAUUCGUGACGCACCUCGGCCCAACCGGGGCAAUACGGCUUCCGCUCUUGAAGCACCCCGCGGACUGAACGCCGUUAUGCGCGCUCCGGUCCACCUUUAUAAUGGUCGAAAGCGUGGUGCCAGUGUCAGCUCUUCUCUCCGCGACGAUUACGAUUCAUCGAACGACCCGGACGAUAUGCGACCAGAGUUCCCCGAUGGUGGCGUCAAGAUUCGUGCAGGCCAACUACCGCUGCCGCCCCGAACGACGACACUGAGCACUGCCUCCAGCAUGAGCAGCAUCAUGAGCGCAUCCACGACUUCAAGCACAGAAGAUGGUAUAUACGGCCGGCCGAUACAACCAUCGAUGUCUCUGCCCCCGUCGAGAAACGGUCGAGCUCGCAGCGGCAGCUUAGGAGUUUAUGGCUCCAGUUCCACUUCCACGAAGCACCCGUUCAAAACGCGUAUAAAUAGCCUUGAGGCGCAUACUCUGGAUGCUUUAACGAUUCUUGUCGUCGGAGCGAAAGAUUGCGGGAAAACUGUCGUCAUCCGGAAGGGUCUAAAGGACUACGGCCUCUCUGAACCCUCCAAUCAUGCCUUCGAAGUGGGCUCCAGAGACUUCGCCGAAACGUAUAAUCUGCGUGUGGGCCAUAUCAAAGACGGUGUGGACGAAUACCCCUUCCAUGUCGUCGAAGUCGAUGUAGCCAAGCGGAGUCUGGAGGACGUGGCGUGGCCAGAAAACUCGCCGAAGAUAGACGGCGUGAUAAUGUGUUACGACGCUUCCGAUGCCCAGUCCUUUUUGCCUGUCGAAGGGCUUCUGCAACGCUUUCGCACCAUGAUGGUUCCCACCCUGGUCCUGGCGUGCAAGUCCGACUUGGAACGGCGCGUUGAUCCUCAAGGUGCAGCCGCGGAUUUCCUGCAGCUGUAUGACAAUGGGCUGGUUGAGGUGACGAGUACGACGGAUGCCGGCAAGAAGAAAAUGAGACAAGCAUUUGAGUGGCUGAUUCGGGCUGUUUUUCGGGGUCGACACACCAGCAACAGCGAAACAGAUCACCAUUACCGCAAUCCAGCAUCUCCAGUCCUUCUGAUCUCUCCGCCUCCCUGGGAAAUUUCCCGCAACGCGACCCCAACCGCUUCUUCAGUAUCUUCACUGAGCACGCUUUCCCAGGGUCAGACUCUGUCGAGACUACAGAGUGCGUCACCCUUGCCUACGAUCCCUGCCUCUCGGGUUUCAUCCACUCCGAAUUCACCAACUCGCGCGCGAUCGACCGGCGAUCUCUUGUCUGAGCACGAGAAAUCGAGAGCGCGGGACUGGCAGGCCGAGAAAGACACCACGUUCCUCCCGUCAUCUCUGCUGUUCGUAGUAACCCCGCCGCACCAGUCUCCUCCAGAACACCUCCAACGUCAUCCGAGGCUGUGAACGAUAUAUCUAGCAAGAAGGAUACCAAGGAGAAGGAUGUUGCUAGUCGACCAUGGGCUAACCUGGAUGAACUGCUUGACAAGUUGCUCUUUCUUGCCGUCAGCGGUGACGAUCCCUCCUUCAUUACGCAUUUCCUCUUGACGUAUCGUCGGUUUGCUAGUCCAAGAAGCGUCCUUCUAUCAAUGCAGCUGCGGCUGCGGCAGCUCGAUAAGGCAUCUGGAGAUCCCAUGUUUGCUUGCUUCGCUCAGAUGAGAAUCUGCCAUCUACUUGAGCAAUGGAUUCGGGACUAUCCCUAUGACUUCAAAGUCAGGGGAACGCCUAGCGCUCUUUCGGCACUUUUCAAGUCAAUCACUUCGAAGACGUAUUUGCUUCAUUACGGCUCGGACUUUUUGCCUUUCCACGAACUGCUGCCCAAUCUCGUUGACAAGGACGCGGCCUGGGCGUACAAACCCGACUAUCCAGAAGACGAGAGCGACUAUGACGACGACGAGAAAAGCGUCGUCCCCGCCAGCAGCACAAACAGCGCAGAGCUCGAGCGCCAACCUUCUUUGACCAAGUCGACAUCCUCCUCGGCCAAAGUCAAACACCGGCUAAGCCUCUUCCCGUGCCAACCCCAAUGCGGGAAAGGAAGGGCAGUUUGCCGCUAGGGAAACAGUCGAUGAGUGCGCAGUCAACAAACCACGCGAUGCCGGGCGACGAGUAUCGGGUGAUCCUCAAAGAGCUGCAGAAGGUUGCCAUGGAACUCAACGCUACAGACUCUGAGGAAGUUGCCCAAGAAAUCACGCGGUUGGAGGUGAAGCUGUUUUUGGAUAUCGAGCCUCGUCACUGGCUUCGGUUCACUUUCGUGCGCGGGAGGAAGGAUCCUUUGACGGAUUCAAUCGCAAGAUUCAAUGACUUUUCUAAUCAUCUCGCGGAUUGGGUCGUGUCACUCAUUCUUUGCCAUGAUAAGGUGAAGGCACGAGCCAAGCAGAUCGAGAAAAUCGUCGAGAUAGCCCAGAAGCUGCGGGGCCUGAACAAUUAUUCGGCUCUGAGAGCGUUUGUUGCUGGAAUCAACAUUGCUGCUCCUGUCGGGGAUCCUACCAUGGAGCAGCUGAAAGCCAAGUCGCCAGAUCAUGCGAAAAACCUGCAAUCCUGGGAUGUUUUAUUGCAGCAGACUCGCUCACAUCGUGCAUACCGACUGGCUCUCAGAAAUACCAAGGGCGCAUGCAUUCCAGCACUCGAGGUGCAUGUCUCCGAUCUGAUCCGUGCCGACGAAGCCAACAAAGACUUCCACUCCAACGACCGCACACAGAUCCACUGGGGCAAAUUCAACAUGAUGGGUCGAUUCAUCGGCAGCACCACCCAAUGCCAGGCUCAGUGCCGGGCCGUCAACGAUUACAAUUUCCCCGCACGGGAAAGCAUCAAUAGGAUGCUUCGCACAGAAUGUUUGAUGGAUGAAGAGAUGCAGAAGUCUCGUGCUCCCGAAGCUGAAAUAGACGGACCGAGUCCCGCAGAGAUCAAGAAGAUGCGCAAACUCUUCUUGUGGUAGUAUAUUUAUAUUCCGCUUGGACAGCUGAUGUCUAUACCCCUCAUACAUAUCUCGCAUUGCUCUGUAAUCUGUACUCUCUUCAUGUGGAAAUGUAAAUCUACGGAUGUACAGCCACUGAUGUGUGAAGUCUGAUCCCCGGUCCGCCCAACUUUUUUUCGAACCUCGACAUGGAUGAUUAUAUAUUGACAAUCGACUCGGACGGCGAGGAUAAUACAGCAUCUGGCAAGCCCAAGGAAGCUGCCGACCUUGACCCAGACUUUGUGUUCGAUCUAUCUGGAGACCCAUACGCCGACAUCCAGGAGAACGCGCUGCAUGACAUCGUCAAGGGCACGAAACCUGAACCGAUUUCCGUCGACGACAUCAUCGCGCGCCGCAGGAUAGGCGUCAAGAGAAAGCGUGCUGCGGUACUCGACGAAGAGGACGAGGACGACGAGGGCGCUGAGGAUGGAGAUGAAAGCGAACUAGACCUGGCAGACGGUAGCGAGCUUGGAACGUCUGAAGGCGAAGGCAGCGAGGACGAAGAUGAUUUUGGAGGCGAGGGGGAAGAGGAAGACCUUGGUAGCGAGGAAGAUCCCCUAGCGUCCUCCGGGGAAGAAGGUUCAGCAGGCGAAGACAAUGAAGAUGAAGAUGUGGAAAUGCAGGACUCCUCUGAGGACGAAUCUGAGCCAGAAACGCAGGCAGAGAAAGACCGCAAAGCUGCCUUCUUCGACUCGGAAUCUGUUUCCAAAGAAGAGCAUUCCUCGUUCCUUACCAUGAACCUUUCUCGGCCACUGCUCAAGGCCAUCACUACGCUUGGCUUCCUCAAACCGACACCUAUCCAGGCUGCUACGAUUCCUGUUGCGCUACUAGGAAAGGACGUCGUCGGGAAUGCUGUUACGGGAUCCGGGAAAACUGCUGCGUUUAUCAUCCCCAUGAUCGAACGACUGCUUUACAGGGAGAAGGGGAAGAAGUCGGCUGCCACCCGAUGCCUCGUUCUUGUCCCCACUCGCGAGUUGGCCGUGCAGUGCUACGAGGUCGGCUGUAAGCUGGCAGCACACACCGACAUUCGUUUCUGCCUGAUCGUUGGUGGACUUUCGCUGAAAUCGCAGGAAGUCGCUUUGCGCAGUCGGCCAGACGUUGUGAUCGCCACCCCCGGUCGACUGAUCGACCACAUCCAAAACUCACCGUCAUUCACGCUGGAGACACUAGAUGUUCUGGUCCUGGAUGAAGCAGAUCGGAUGCUCUCCGAUGGAUUUGCGGACGAGCUGACCGAGAUCAUCAAGUCCUGCCCCACCUCGCGCCAGACAAUGUUGUUCUCCGCUACGAUGACAGACUCGGUCGAUGAGCUGGUCCGGAUGUCGUUGAACAAGCCUGUCCGCCUGUUCGUCGAUCCAAAAAGGAGCACGGCUCGAGGACUCGUUCAAGAAUUCGUUCGGGUCCGUGCUGGCAAGGAGUCAGACAGGUCCGGUCUGCUUGUCACGCUGUGCAAGCGGACUUUCAAGUCGAGCGUAAUCGUUUUCCUACGCAGUAAGAAACUCGCCCAUCAAAUGAGGAUUGUGUUCGGACUGCUUGACAUGAAGUGUGAUGAACUGCACGGCGAUCUGACCCAAGAACAGCGGUUGAAUGCUCUUCAACGAUUCAAAGACGGGGCAGUCGACUACUUGAUGGCGACUGACUUGGCUUCCCGCGGUCUUGAUAUCAAGGGAGUGGAGACCGUAAUCAACUUCGAUAUGCCUGGUCAGUUGUCUCAGUAUCUCCAUCGGGUAGGGCGAACAGCGCGAGCGGGAAAGAAGGGUCGAUCCGUCACGUUGGUUGGCGAGGCCGAUCGAAAAAUGCUUAAAGCCGCCAUCAAACAUAGCACCGAGGCAGACCAGAUCCGCCACAGGGUGGUCCCCCAAGACUCGGUUGCGAAAUGGGUAGAGAAACUCGAUAACAUGAAGGACGAGAUUUCUGAGAUCCUCAAAGAAGAGAAGGAAGAAAAACAUCUACGUCAGGCGGAAAUGGAGCUGAAGAAGGGUCAAAAUAUGCUGGACCAUGAGGCCGAGAUCUUCUCCCGACCCGCCAGGACAUGGUUCCAGACGAACAAAGACAAGCAAGCUGCCGCUGAUGUAAGCAAGGAACAGUACGAAGCCAGCGCACUUCCCAGCAAGAAACGAAAAGAGCAGACUUCUACUGCAGACAAGCCCAAGCGUGACAAAUUUUCGGGUUUGACGCGACGAGCCAAGCGGAGAAAACUUGCGAUGGAAGAGGACAAUGAACGUGGGGAUGAACGAGCUACCAGUGCUGCCAUCCGUGCUGCCAAGAAAAGUUCACGCCCAACGAAGAUUGGUCUGCCAGAAGCCAAAGCACCCUCAAAAGCCAAGAAACGCAAAGCGAAAAAGGUCACUGCUCGCUCAGGCGGUGCUUUCGACCGGGAUCUGGGUCAAAAGUCCAGCCACACAGAGGGUGUCCGGGCCAAGAAGGGAGAUUCAGUCGGCCGUCUGGGCAAAAAGACUGGCAAACAGGGGAAAGCGGGGAAACACAAAAAAUCGUAGUCACAUUUUCACGUGGAGUGACAAGUCGUGUACUACUUGCACAUGUGAUCCAGCAACUCCUCCUAGUUAGCGCUCACCAGUGGCUGCAGUCGAUGGACCAAAGUUUCUCUUCUCUUGCGUCCAUUCAUCUUCCCUCUCCAUGCAGACUGCUUCACUCCGCAUGUUGUCCCGAUAAAGAUCUACUAGUUCUCAUCUCUCGUCUUGGCGGCCGGGAUCGUUUGAGUCUCUGGAAGAUACAAGGGUCAAAAACAUGGGAAGUCGAUGUGGGAGCAGGAGAUAAGGGUCCUGGACAGAUUGUGGGCGUGGCAUGGAGCCCCGAUGGACAGUACAUCGCCGUCGCACAUGACCCACCUCGAAUAUCUCUGCAUUCCAUCCAGGAUGGACACGAGGAGCGAUCAAUUUAUGUGCCCGCUGAUCACAGCAAUGAACUGGUUGAUAUAUGGUGGUUCCCGCCAGAGAAGGGCGAGCCUCCCAAGGCGAUCCCGGACAUCUUGAAAAGGAACGGAAUCGUCCCCGGUUCCUCACAUGCAAUUCUCAAGACUCUUCCUCUACUUGACAGUCUGCAGGAGGAAUCUCAAAAGCUCCCAGCCACGGAUCUCUUCGCGUUUCAAGGCUCUCAAACACGCUCGGAACCCAAAAUGGCUAUCCCUAUGCUCAUCAACCGGUGGCCGACGUUGAACUCGGAUCCUGUCGUAGCAUCGAUAGCUUCGCCACUGAAGCAGACUGAUCCGAGUAAUGGGCAGCUUGAUGUCGUAGAAGAACCCAACACAGGGAGUCUCCUGGCGGUCUCCGACUCUUCCGGUUAUGUCCAUUUCUUCUUGGAUGGAAGCUACCAUCUCGGGGCCAUCUUCGUUGGCUCGGUGGCUAAUAUCCCGGCCUUGUCCAAGAUCUCGACUCGGCCGCUAUUUGUCUCCCAUUCGCAAAUAUCCGUCAAUAAAGACGUCCAGAGAACGGAAUUGCUUCCCAGAUUCAUCGAGAUGCCCACACUGGAGGAGAGACAUACUCGUGACAUGGCCCGUCUGUCGACAAGCGCUCGGGAAUUGGUCUGGUACUGCAUGCGAGCUGUGAAGGACAUGAGGACUUCGUGGUUUGGGUCAGACAUGCUGAGCGGGGCUCGCGAAAUUGGGCCCAAGUGGAUUCAAGCACUGGAGAAGCGCCAAAGGGACCAGUUUGGUCAGCAAGAGCCAAACGCAGUUCUCGACAUCACCGGUCUGCUUCUCACCGGACGAGCGUCGGAUGCUCUGGCCGAUUUUCUGGGCAGCAGCGAACAAAUGAGCGAACGUGCACUGCAAAAGUGGGAAUCAUCCAUGACUGAGGCGUUAGUCAAGCUACGAGACUUCUCCGAGAAGAGAUUAGCACCCGCACUUCAGCGACUGCACCUCGUUUUGGAAGAAGUUCAUGGCUGGUCAUUACUCCCUCGAUUCGCCUCUUUUCAGUUAUCGACGCCGGCAAUCGAGGCCUGCAUUCUUCAGGCUGGCCGUGCAGUUUUUAUCUCGAGCUGGCUUGCUGCUAUUGCGCGACAAGAACUGCGUCGUUUCCGAGAGUUUUUGGUGUGGUUGCGGUCAGAAGUUGCUACUUUGAAUGCAAAUAAUGAGAUCGCCCAGCCACUUCGGCACGACAUCCUCGAGGUGAACAACUAUCUCAUCUCCGGGCUGAUCGUGAGCUCCAUCGACAAGUGGUUCAUGGGACUCUUGCCGACUUGGUCUCCUGCGGACUGCGGCCUAGCCGUAGGCAACCAAACGCUGGCUGAUGCCAUUGAAAUCGCACGAGCAGCGGCAAGCCACGUGGGCUGGCAGCAGACCACGACGCAGCGCGAUUUGAAUCAUCUAGAUCGAAAUUUGGAUGGCUUAGUGCAAGACCUGGCCGUGCGUUGCCAGCAGUUGUUUGAAGUAACUGCGGGAACUACCUCGCGUUUUGCAUUGGUCUCCUGUGGACGGGAUUCUGCGACCAGUCUGGCUACCUCCAGCGAGCCUGAGAUUAAGGUCAGGGAGCGGAUCAAAUUGGGGCAGAACGAGGAGGACGGAUUCGAGGAAUACCUUGCAAUGCAUAUUCCUGGCGCUUCGCUGCAUCGAUCCUUUUUGUGUCUAGUGCAUUUGCGUUUUGCCAGAACAGCUUCCACGACGCCUGUCUCCGCUGGAGUGGUGCUUCUGGGGGGAAUAGUUCCCACGGAACUGGAAGAACCGCUACCCAUCAAUCUCGAGAUCUUGGACGCCGAAUUCUUUGACGACGACUUGCUCGUAAUUGUUUACCGGCCACGCAACAUGCCAGAGAGGACGGUGCUGGCCACGGUGGGCUACAGUGACCUGAGAUUCACGAGCUUGUCUGCGGAAGAAUGCGAUAAAAUCCAUGCCCGCGAAGAUCUGAUGCACUGGGCUUUAGAGCGAAUGCAACAAGGCCUUUUGGGCACCUUGGCCAUGCCGAUUAAGGGGCAGCGCGACUUGGCUCUGAGCAGAUCUGGUCCCGUCUAUCUGGCAUUAAAUGGCCGGUUGGGAAGAAGAGUGGCCUGUGUGCUUGAUGCCGAAGGAACCAGCCUCGAGACGUUGGAUUUAGAGGCUGACGGCGACCAAGACGAAGACGAAUGAAAUUGUAGUUCCGGAGAUUGCCGUAAACGCGCUCCAAUCCACUGUCUCGUACUUAGUCCGUCUUUGAAAUCGAGAUGUUUUUUUGCCGUG